UCAACGGCUUUUUACUACGAUUUUUACUACGACCAUGCCACCUGCCCACCACACUGGCUUCGAAUGGCACAGCGUAAAACCAAACAAAUUAAUUCAUUUAGCUUGAUUUCCGGCAACAACGCAUUGACAGUUCACCGAAGUAUCUUCUGCUGCAUCUUUGGAGAUAUUUGUUUCGAAAAUCACAGCUCAUUUUGCUGUGAAACGAGCAUCGAAACGGCAGCGUAAGUUGUAAAUUUGUAACGUGUGUGUGGCCUCGUUGACAUUUGUACCUCCAUUGACUACGCGUACGCAUGCCUUUGCACGUAACGUGUUGUAGGUCUACGGUUUUAUAAAAACACAAACUGAACUGAGCAGCAACAUGGAUUACUUCGAUUCAAAUCACAUGGACCUUUCCGUUCGAGACGUCUUUGAGUCUGAAGUUCAGACGGAGAUGGACCAGAUUUUGAGGUCUGGAUCGGCGAGCUACGAACCGGAGGCGGAAACCAUAGACCUGACGGGAUACAAUCCAAACGAAAACGGGGACUUGGCUGGAGAUUUCUCCACUGAUGCGAGCGCUAUGCGAGACAUUAUCUGGCUCUCGGAUGGACAUGAUAUUGGUUCGCUGUCAAACACCACUCAUCACUCCUCAACCAUGACAACCACCGGGAAUUCCAACCUUGAUAUCUCACAUCUCAGCUCUCCAGAAAAGUUUGCAUUGGACAGUCAAGGAUUGUUGGUCAACCCACAAACUGGACAACCAGUCUCCACAUUGAAUGUGGUGCUUAAUGGUUUGUCCCAGCAGCAGCAGCAGCAAAAUCGAGCUAUUCUGCUCCAGCAACAACAGCAACAGCAACUGGAUCAAGAGACACUGGACAAUCUGCAGACCAACUUGAACUUAUCACAGAUGAAUUUCAGCCCAGCUCAGCAGCAACAAUUUCUUUCCCUCACACAACAGCAGCUUCAACAGAGCAGUCUUCUUGCUGGACAAGUUAAUUUUCAAACUGUCCCCGUCUUGGGUUUGCAACAGCAUCAGCAGCAACAACAGACGCAGCAAAACACACCAACUUCCAUGACGACUUCCAGUCCACAUCAGACAGCAAGCCUUUUGUCCAAGCAGCAGAAGCUUGAACCCAUUUCAAGCGCAGAGCAGAAGAUCUACCCCAAGCCAGCUUAUUCUUACAGUUGUCUCAUCACCAUGGCAAUGAAAAACAGCAAAACUGGUUGCAUGCCAGUCAGUGAUAUUUACCAGUUCAUGUGUGAGAAUUUUCCAUACUUCAAGACAGCACCAGAUGGUUGGAAGAAUUCAGUGAGACACAACCUUUCCCUAAACAAGUGCUUUGCCAAGAUUGAGAAGCCAGCGACUGCCAACGGUUCCAGCCGCAAGGGAUGUCUGUGGGCACUGAAUCCUGAGAAAGCUGCCAAGAUGGCUGAAGAAGUCCACAAAUGGACCAAGAAGGACCCGGCUGGUAUCAGACGAAGCAUGGCAAAGCCUGAGGAACUUGAAAGAAUAGAGGAAAGAGUUAAGGUCAACAACACCACGCCAAUCUUGAACACCAAAACGCUUCCUCCCUCGACCCCCGACAUUAAGACUAUCGUCAUGAAGGCUGUCUCGACCCCACUAUCCACAGCAACGACUACUACGGCAACAAUAACGGCAGUCAAUCCCAAGUCCCAUGUGAUGGAUCCCAUUCCGGUCAGUCUGUACCAAGCUGUGGACAUCUUCAACGGAGACAUCAACAUUGUUGACCCAUCGCUUGCUUCUCUGGAGGGAGAUUUCAGUUUACCGGACCACCUGAUGGACCCAGUAAACUGUGAGCUCAUGAAUCUAGAUGUGCCAGUCACAAUAUCCCCUCUGCCAGGCAAUAACCCGCUGUUUGGAGGUUUCCUGGAUGCAUCACCGUUGAAGGAGAAUCAAUCAUUGACGACAAUGACCGAGACACCAUCGCAGUACUCGCAGUUCUGUAGUCCCAGUAGAACUCCGGUGACUGCGUUCAUGUGACGCUAGUGAAAACAUAGGUAGAAUUUUAGUGCCUUGUUCAAUUGUAAACACGGUUUUCUUGUGUGUUUUUUUUAUAAUUUGUGAAUACAUGCAAUCUUGAAGGCUUUUUAAGAUAUUGAUUUGUCAAUUUUUUUUUCCAGUCUGCGGAAAGAGAAAAUUGGUUGGAUGUGUUUUUGUUUAAAAAUGUAGCUGAAAUCAUUCAUUGUUGUUGGAAAAUAAUGAUUUAACUUUUUGCCAAGUGAUUGCAAAAAAAAAAACCCUUGAUUUUUUUUGAUGAGAAUUAAUGAAGUUUCUGCCACAAGUGCCUAAGAAUCAUGCAAAUGAAAAGAUUUUUGAAAGAAAGAAAAAUCAGGGAAUGUAAAAUUUCUAUUUUUUUUCUAAUGUUUACAUUUUUAGAAUCACAUUCAUCAAGUGAUCAAAAUAAAUGGCUGACUAUCUUCAACCGUUGUUAUAACGAAAGUCAAAUGAAAGUCAAAUAACUGUAUUAAUUUGUCUAAUUGUACAUCUCAGUUUUUUAUGUUACAAUUUUUACAGUAAGAAUGUCUUAACUAUUUGUGUAAAUUUUGUAAAUUAAACUAAUGAGUUUUUUUUGUAGUGUGUGUUCCAAAUGAUUUUGCAUGUGUUUUUUUUUCCGGCAGAAAAGAUAAGGUUUUUGAGUCAAGUGAGACAAAGUGAAAAAACAUACCGAGUGUGUUUUUUAGGAGAAAAUAUUACUUUGGACUAAAGUACAUGUCGAGUUGAAUAGAAAGUGUAUGUGAUGUAUGUCCCCAGUAGUAUUAAAGUAGCUUCUUUGAUUUUGUAAUUGUGGUUUGGAUUAAAAAGAAGCAGCAGUAAAUAAAGGGGAGCAAGAUUCUGGGUAAGCUUUGAAUAUCGGUACACAGAUGGUCGGAAACUAUAGUUGAAAACCUUAAUAACAAGGUCCUAGGGACUUUACAAAUGACCUUGUUAUAACAGGUACCUUGUAUUAUCAGUAAUGGAAAACAAAGAUUUGGGACCUAACAUUUUCCUUGUUAUAAGCAUGAUAUUGUAUUAAGAGUGCUCUUCUUGUCAGGGUUCGACUGUAAACAGAAAGGAAGAAACUAGAAACUUAUAAAUAAGUUAACACAAAUCCAACAGUAUGCAAAAAACUAAAACAAUGUGCAUGAAUGUGAUUACAUGUACUGACGGUAAGAGAAAAGUAGUUUUUUUCAUCAAGGAGUAAAGAGCACCCUCUUGUGUUUAGAUUUUCAUAUUGCGACAACCUUUUCAUGUUUGUGAAAUACAUGUACAGUGAAAUGAAUGGCCAAUAAGUUAGGAAUUACAUACAAAACUUUCAAAUGAAUUUUUGUUUCUUAAAUCCUGAUUUAUUCUAUAGUAGAUAGGGUAAUGUUACUGUGGUCAUGGUGGUGUCAGGAAUUGGAACUAGAUUCGAAAUCACUGUUACGACUGAAAGAGGCAAUUAAUGUUUUGAAACAAAGUGUACAUGUACAUAACUGUAAACUAUUUUUCCACUUUUAUACAAGUCAAGUUGAAACCACUUCUUUUUGUACACGAUAAUACCAACGAACAGAGCGUUUGUAUCAUUGAAAUGCCUAGACAUUGUAAAUGUCCCUUUUUUAAAUCAAGUUUCUUUCUCAUUUUUGUAACAACACAAAUUAUGGUUUCAAAUCAUGGAAACGGAUUAAAUCAUAAAGGUUUUUAUUUUUAUGUUCUUUUAAAAAGCCUUUUCAUGCUUGGCCCUCUUUUUAAAAAAGGGAAGAAAGAACUUGGUUGAUUUUUUUGGUCCUCUGAAAAUUGUUUAAAAUCGAAGUGGGGUGCUGUUUCCCAUAUUGUCCAUGUGCAUACAUGUAGCUAUUACAUUAGGCGAUAUGAAUUGCUUUGUGCCAGUGAUCACCAGUAACUUUUUAUCUGCCAUUUUCUCCUCAACAAAGUUGUUAUUAAAAAAAAAGUGCUUGCUAUCAGAAAUGGAAUAGAAUAAAAGUUGUACAGUGCAGGAACUUUCCAGUGAGGACAAUA